GGCAACCUUACACUGGAGGCCCCAUCCCCCCCCCUUAGUCCGCCACUGAAAGAAUUUCAAGGACAUCAGAUACUUGAAAACCCCAUUAAAAGUUAAACAGUCGAUAUCGUCCCAGUUACUACUCACUUGAUUACCAUGUUUGUUGUUUUGGUAAUUAUAAUUUAUUUUUAACAAGCACUUCUACUAUACAUCGCUUGUAUCAGAAGUGUGUUCGUUUUAUAAAUGAGUAUGACCAGUUCCUCAGAUAAGGGCCGUGUGCUGACUAGAGAAGAACGGUUUUCUUACCAAAAUGUAGACUUCAAGUUAGCGGAUGCAGUGAAGACUGACGUUAUUUACAAAUACUUCAGAGAUGCUAGUACAGAGGAGCCCAAAGUUCUGACAGAAGAGACGGUAGGAGAUGAACACAUGGAUAAAACAGUGCCAACGACUUAUAUCAUUCAUGGAUUUACAACUGAUGACAGUUCGCCAUGGUAUAAACCUUUCAAAGACGAGCUCUUCAAGUUGGGUCCACACAAUGUGAUCUAUAUAAACUGGCAGAAGGCUGGAAAUAAAUCAUAUUCUGUAUCCAGUGCGAACAUUGAUCCUGUGGGAAAGUAUAUCGCCCAGUUUAUAGUUGCUUCCGGGGUAUUGAAAGAAAAGGUCCAUAUUGUGGGUCACUCAUUGGGGUCCCAGCUAGCAGGCUUCAUAGGCAAAUGGGUCCAGAAACUGUCCGGCAAAAAAAUCGGUAGGAUAACUGGCCUAGAUCCUGCUGGGCCCAGGUUUGACUACCCUGAAGCCCCACCUACGAACAGGCUUUGUGACACUGACGCUGACUUUGUUGAUGUGAUACAUACUGACAUUCAACAUUAUGGAUACACUCCACCUUUGGGACACGUGGAUUUUUACCCUAAUGGUGGCAUGGAUCAACCUGGAUGUCCUCCUCGCCAAAUUGAUGUAAAAUGCAACCAUGGAAGAGCUGUAAGGUAUUUUAUUGAAUCUAUGUACAUACAGGCGAAAGCUAAAGAAGCAAAUUUUAUCGAAGCAAACGAUUAUUAUGUUCAGAUAAACGUAAAAAACAAUCCGAAAGAAGCGAUUUUUGGAUAUUUUGCUGAGCGUUCUUCCAGAGGUGUAUUCUAUCUGGAAACCAAAAGCAGUGUACCUUAUCUGAUUGUGUGAAUGUUGUUUUCGCUCAAUAAAUGUUUGUGUUACUGUGUGCUUUAUUACUUGUUUUUGUGCAUACGAAACGAAUCUUUGUCUGUCUAUUCGUCCGUACCUCGUAAUCCC